AGUCAGGCAAAGGAACAAACAAAGUUGGGUUUGGGUUACAUUGUGUUAUUUAUUUCGAUUUUUUACUAUGUUUACUGUAGUAUUUAGGUGAAAAUAUAAAAUAUAUUGUUGCUUUACGGCAUAUGAAAUUGGCUAACAUACCAUGGAGACGACUGAAGAUGACAUGAUUGUGUUGGUGGUGGUCGACGAUGAUGAGAAAAGUAGGGGUUCAGAAAAAGAAGUAAAAGAACCUGAUUCAGAGCCGGCCUCAGAAUCCAAUAACCAAGUGGAUAACAUACUUGAAAUUGCACAGAAACAUGGAGAGUAUGUUUCAGUGAAGUUAGACUCAGAAGAUGAAUGUGACUAUGAAUAUCUUGAAGAUGAAACAGCCACAGAGACUGAUAUCAAAGAAGACACUACAGAUGGCAUGGAGUUAUGUGAGGGUGAUCCAGAAUACAUUCCUGAAGAGUCCCAACAACAUGGCCGUCGAGACAAGCGUUUCACAAUGUUAAAGCCUUGGCAGCAACGGUCAUUUGUAGCAGAAUUACGGGAGAACCAUGAGGAACUAAGAGAAGAUCCUGAGUUACUGAUCAAUACAUUAGGUCAGAUUAUGUCGAUGGCUAAGCCACCGCCACCACCACAAGAUUUCUAUGUCAUGGAGGGUGUUAUGUUUGCAUGUAUAUACUGCGGACAUGUGUCAGACACAUUGCCUGCAGCUGGCCGACAUUAUCAGGAGAAGCAUGGUGAAAGAUAUUUAGUUUGCUUCGCUUGCGGAGUCGAUUUCAGAAGUACAACAAACCUGUACAAACAUGAGAAGCGCUGCAUUGCUCCGGAUGCUGAGAUAGUGCUGAGGGCGCGCGCCGUUAGCCUGGGACGUAAGGGCCGCGGGCGACCCUUCCUCACCAACGACCCGUAUAUCAAUAAUAAUGCUCAAAGGAAUAAGUUUCCAUGCUCCCUGUGCUCAGCCGUGUUUAUAACGAAGAGUAACCUGAAGUCUCACGAGAACUUGCACCGCGGCGAGCGCCCCUACCGCUGUCACGCCUGCCCGUGCGCCUACGCAUCCAAUUCCGCACUCUCGCGACACACGAAAAUGCACACGGAUAUUCAGUAUAUUUGUGAUCACUGCGGUCGCGCGUUCAAGAUCAAAGCCGCUUUAGUCGCUCAUAUGGACACGCAUAACCUUGUUCGUAAAUACGGUUGCGAUGAGUGCGACCGUCGUUUCGCCCAGAAAUGUGCACUGAAUCUGCACGUGUACCGAGUGCACAGGAACUUGCCGCCGCCCUGCCCCUGUCAGAUCUGUCCUAAAAGAUUCCAACGAAUGUCGUUACUCAAAGAACACAUGAAGAGGCAACAUGGAAUGUCUAUAAUAACUAGGAAGAUGUUCUUCAAAGCGUUGCCGACCAUGACAGAGUUAGAAGUAAGAGAGUCCAAAGUUAUUCGUAAAGAUGAAGAAGAUAUGCUGAGUUUCUUACCACCGCCAGUUAAAGUAAAGACUGAACCAGACAUUGAAGGGAAAGAGAACAACGGAAGUGUAUACACAACAACAAAAAAUGAAAAUGAAACCAAUGUUAUUUAUAUACAAAAUGGUGAAGUGUUAAAAAUGGAGAGAGGUGGCACUGAAGUUCUAUUUGAAAUUGAAAGUGCUGUUGAUGGACAGAUCUUUAUAAAAACUCUAAAUGAUAAUGAUAGUUCGUUCGAAGGGGACUGCAGUGACCUGAGCACUUUGGUAAGUACUUGAUAGUUUGUGCCAAAAGGAUUUGUUCCUAUUAUAAUCUCUUUAGUUUUAGUGAUAAGCUUUAAAAUAUGGUGGCAAAUGUUAACAGAGUUGGUUGAAAGUAAUUUACUGUUUUACUUCAGUUUAAGUCCUAGAGGAUGACUUUAAUAAAGUAUGACUGCCGCAUUCGUGUCACUGGUAGGGCAGAGUACUGCUAAAAACUCUAAAAUGCUUAUGAAGUUCUCAAUAAGACACAAUUUCCAAGAAGUUUGCAAUAGAAUUGUCUUUGAUACCCAUGUGGCAGGCUCGCGUGCAAUAGGG